UCACACCCUAGCUAGCUUCUUACACAACACAAUUUUCUCUUUUGUCCAAAGUUUCUUUGUCUUCCAGGCCACUUGCUUCUUCUGGUCUCCACAUAUUUGCCAAUAAAAGGGUUUUAAGAUGAAACUCUCUUUGUCUGCCAGCAAAUUAGUACAGCCCCGAGUGAACUUGGCGCUCAACCUGGAGGGUUUCUUCGGCCGGAAGGAUAAGGUGGUGUUCGUAAUGGGAGCCACCGGCACCGGAAAGUCCCGUCUCGCGAUCGACCUCGCCACCCGUUUCCCGGCGGAAAUAGUGAAUUCAGACAAAAUGCAAGUAUACAAAGGCCUUGACAUACUGACUAAUAAAGUGACUGAAGAAGAGUGCAAAGGCGUCCCACACCAUAUGCUAGGCAUAGUAGACCCCGACACCAAUUUCACAUCCAUGGAUUUCCAACACCGUGCCUCGCUCGCCGUCGAGUCGAUACACGCCGAAGGCCGAUUCCCGAUCGUCGCCGGAGGCUCCAAUUCGUACAUCGAGGCAUUGGUGAACGAUGAUCCCGAGUUCCGGUUAAGGUGCGAAUGCUGCUUCCUAUGGGUUGAUGUGUCACUGCCGGUCCUACACUCUUUUGUGUCCGAACGGGUUGAUAAGAUGGUACAAGCAGGCUUGGUCGAUGAGGCUGCACAAAUUUUCGAUCCAAUGGCUGAUUGUUCCAAAGGAAUUAGACGUGCGAUUGGGGUCCCCGAAUUGGAUCAAUAUUUCCGUGGUGGAUCAACUGUUGAUGCCGUAACUGGAGCCAAGAUGCUCGAAACAGCCAUCUCGAAAAUCAAGGAAAAUACAUGCACUCUAGCUUCACUCCAACUGCAAAAAAUCCUCCGAUUUUAUAACCGGUGGAGGUGGAGAAUGCACCGGAUUGAUGCCACCGAAGUCUUCCUAAAGCGCGGCGAUGAGGCCGACGAGAAAUGGGAGCGGCUCGUCGCCGGACCGAGCACCAUGAUCGUCGACCAAUUCCUCUGUGAAAAAAGUCGUGUGCCCACCAUUUUACCGUCGGCGACCUCCUCGUCAGUCCCUAUCGCCGCAGCCGUAGCAGCCGCAACACGUUAAAGUAGGACCCGAAGAAUCUGACACAUGGAAAUGGUGUUCCAC